AUGCGAAGAAAUACAAUUCAACAACAUUCAGCAUUGUUUAAACUUGGCUCAGACAUUGAAUACAUUUCUGGCGAUAUGAUGUUACCACAACAAAUCAAUGUCAGCAAUGAAGCUAGAAAAUUAUAUCAAGAAUAUGAAUGCGACAAUAAAAUAUCGAUUGCUACAAAGCUUAAAGAAUUUCUAGAUAGAACAUUUGUUCAUAUACACAAGAGGUUAAUACUUCAUUUCACUUUAAAAUGA